GUACUUCAGCCCAUACAACCCUUUCGAUUCCCCUUUCAUUUCUUCUUCCUUGGGUUGAUGGUAUCAUUCUUAUUGUGAAAUUUUUGCUACCGUCUUUGGGCUCCUUUCCCCCUUGCGCUGAGUGCGCGUCUGCCGAUUCCUUUUCAUCAUGGAUAUCCAGGAGACCCAGCAUCUCCUUUCCGAGUAUCUCCAUGAGUUUGCCAACCUUUUCCAUCGCGUUCCAGGGUCAGCGAUUUUCUUGCGCUAUGUGAAGUCUAGUUAUCAGAACGACCCGAUUCGCUCCGCUGUCGAGUUGUUCCUAUUCCUGUUCGCCGUCCGCUAUUUGCUCGCCCCAAAAUAUUCCACCAAGCCUGGUGUGGUCCAACUCUCGGAGGAUGAAAUCGAUGACCUGGUGGACGAAUGGACGCCAGAGCCGCUCGUCGGAAAGGCAACUCCGUUAGAGGAAAUGGAAGUCGAGAAGAGAACAGUAAUUGUCGGUCCCGUUGGUCCUAAGUCAAAGCUAUCGAACGGUCGAACGGUGACAAAUCUUGGAUCUUACAAUUUCUAUAACUUCAAUACGAAUGAGGCGAUCAAAGAGAAGGCGAUCCAGACACUCCGCAACUACGGUGUUGGUCCCUGCGGCCCCCGCGGUUUUUAUGGUACUCAGGAUGUCCACAUGAAAACCGAGGCUGAUGUUGCGUCCUACCUUGGUACUGCGUCUUGCAUUAUCUACUCUCAGGCGUUUUCGACCAUAUCUAGUGUGAUCCCCGCGUUUUCGAAGCGUGGAGACAUUAUCGUUGCGGAUAAGGGCGUGAACUUUGCUAUUCGGAAAGGUAUUCAGAUUUCUCGGAGUACGGUCCGGUGGUAUGAGCAUAAUGACAUGGAGGAUUUGGGCCGGGUUUUGGCCAAGGUCACCAAGGAGCAAGCAAGAAAGCCCCUAACCCGCCGAUUCAUCAUUACUGAAGGCUUGUUUGAGUCAUACGGUGACAUGGUUAACUUGCCUAAGAUCAUCGAACUCAAGCUGAAGUACAAAUUCCGACUAAUCCUCGACGAGUCCUGGUCAUUCGGCGUUCUCGGGAGGACAGGACGCGGCAUUACUGAACACCAGAAUGUGGACGCAGCCGAGGUCGACAUGAUUGUGGGUUCGCUGGCCGGCCCACUGGUAGCAGGAGGAGGAUUCUGUGCGGGCUCAGAGGAGAUUGUCCAUCACCAGCGUAUCUCGGCCGCUGCCUAUACGUUUUCGGCCGCUCUUCCUGCGCUUCUAUCUACGACCGCCAGCGCUACGAUCAAUGUUCUGCAGAACAACCCUGAAACAGUCUCGCAAUUGAGGGACCUUACAAAAGUUAUGUGGACCCAGCUUGACCCUCGCAGCGAUUGGGUAUACUGCACAAGUGCACCUGAGAAUCCGAUCAUGAUUCUCGUUCUCAAGCCUGAAGUGAUUGCUGCAAAGAGGCUUUCCCAUGAAGACCAGCAAUUUGUGUUGCAGGAUGUAGUAGACGAGUGCCUCGCGAACGGUGUCUUGAUCACGCGCCUCAAGUGCCUUGAUGAUAACUUCGAGCCAAAGCAAAAGGUUCCGGCCGCCCUGAAGGUGUGCGUUACGAUCGGCUUGACCAAAAAAGAGACCGAGAAAUCAGGAACUAUCAUCCGUCAUGCGAUCACGAAGGUUCUCAGCAGAAGAAAGUAAUAGCAGCAACUUGCCAUUUGUUCAGAACGUGGUCAUGACCUCCUUAACGCGACCAUGAUUAUAGCUCGCCCGCUCUUUCUUCUACCCGAUUGAUGAUACUUCCUCUUACACCAUUCUUGUAUAGAGUAAAAUUUCUGCGCUGACGCUUUGCUUCGGGCUCAACUGACUGCGCUUCCGCGCGACUAUGGGAUUGUGGCACCGAGCCGAAGUACUUGUACUAUGGAUAUACACGCCAGCUCCUCUUCAUUCUCCUCGCGGCCAGCGGAAUUAACACCCUACCCACUACCUAAUAAUAGUUUCGUGUCGAACUUGUCUUCAUCUUUUUUUUUUUGGGAGCCCUUCUUCUGGCUCCUGUUGGCACUGUUGCAUUAUUAGAGCUUAUAUUAUUUAAUCAAAAUGAGUUUCUUUCUUGUUAUUUUCUUUUUUCUUUCUUUGUAAAUUAGUCAAUACUCAAUAUGUUUAGGUUGUAGGUAAAGUCCAUGUGGCCAUGU